ACCAAUGCACGUUUCUAGUCGGCCAUCUUGGAAGGCGUCGCCGGAGUGGUCGACAAGAAAAUGACACAAUUCCGGAUCUAGAGCGAACGACGAAGCGAGCGCAUGCCAGUGAUGUAGAUCAAUGACAUAGCCAUUCAACCCAUUGAAUUACGAGAAGACAGCAUUUGAAUAGAGCGAUUUAUUUGGAAGAUAAGACAUCAGACACACAUCCCGCCAUGAGUAAGCUCCAAUUCCGCGCCAGAGCGCUCGACAAUCAAAAGCCAAUGGGCGUCUACUUGGCCGACGACUUGCCGGAUUUGUCGGAGAUGACGUCGAUGAACAGAUCGGUGCCUCAGAUGCCGACAGGGAUGGAAAAGGAAGAAGAAUCGGAACAUCAUCUGCAGAGAGCUAUAUCAGCACAGCAGGUGUACGGAGAUGCAUCGAGGCUGGUCAUUCCCACUCCUGAGGCCAAGCUUGAACCAAACAUCAAUUAUGGGGAUGUCUAUGUCAAUAAUGUAAAAGUGCCGAAAGCUCUAAUUCACAUGCAAACUUUGGGUCUUGAUGACGAUAUCCCUGACUAUGAUAUGGACAGCGAAGAUGAAGAGUGGGUGGCAGGACAGUCUAAGUCUCAGCCUUUGACCAAACAAGAGUUCGAAUCGAUGAUGGACACUUUAGAGAAAGGCAGUGGCAAUCAGGCUUUGACUCUUCGAGAUGCACAAGCUCUUGUCAGAGCAGACGACGAUGUUGUCAUUGCUGUGUAUGAUUAUUGGCUUGCCAAACGACUGCGGCUGAAACGUCCACUAAUCCCUGCUGUUAAAACCGAAAGACGAGACGGAUCUACUGCCAACGACCCAUACGUCGCAUUUCGGAGACGAACAGAGAGAAUGCAGACGAGAAAGAAUCGGAAGAAUGAUGAGUCGUCAUAUGAGAAAAUGGUGAAAUUGCAGCGGGACCUUCAGAGAGCACUUUCUCUCUUGGCGAUGAUAAAAAUGCGUGAGUCAAUGAAACACAAAUCCCUGCUUUCAUCACUGGCCAUAGUGGAAAAACGGUAUGAACUACAGGACUGGAGUGGUCAACUGUAUUCACAGUAUGUUGAACAGCAUAGAAUCCGGGCUCCACCACCUGUUCCCUUUCCUAUGCUGCAGCCGAAGCCCGUGACUGCGUCGACUUCGUCUAUGAUUCACUCGCGUCGUGUCUCAGAGGGCCGUUUGUCACGUGACCAUGAUGAUUUAUGGACGGAGGAGCAUGAGAGGCACUUUCGGCCGAGUUUUCAUCGUAGUAUUAGUAGACGGAGAUCAUCAAAGAGCCAUAGACGGAGACAUGGUGGACAUGUUUUACCUGGUUCAGUUGAUGCUUCACGAGUUGCCGGCAUGUCAGAUGCUGAAGACUUAUUGCCACAGACUGAAUUGGGUGGUGACAUGGAGGAGGAUUUGGAUGUGGAAGGACCUUAUCCGUUUCGAAGAAAAUCUCAUGUUCGGUAUAGGGAGUGUCGACAUCGGCCUGGUGUGUGGCCGUGGGAGGACCCCGUACAGCACUGCAAUAAUGUCUGCAAUAGUCGCUAUCGUUAUUCAUGUUUAUCACUAAACAAUCGUUUCGUGGGCUUUACAAGACGGAGAGUAGGACGAGGCGGCAGGAUUUGGUUGGAUCGUACUCAUACUCCAUUUGAGACGACGCUUGCGGACUUUGAAGCCAACUUAUCAGACCAAACUUUCCACUUAGAAAGGACGCAAUUAGACCUUCCUUCUGGUAGAGACGAAUUCUGGCCAUGUUAUAUAUCGAGGCCUGCGUCGAGCCAGAAACGACAUAAACUGUUUCAUGAAGCUCGCGCAGUUGUGGGCCAUGCUCUCCACUCCGAACAGCCUCUUUCGGGCGAUACAACAUACCUCAAAGGACAAACCUUUGAUAUGUACCCUUCUAAGUCCGAAGACGAACACAUCAGAGUGGAACAUGAGUGGCAACAGACGGCUUCUGUCUUCGACUGUCAACCUACGUCUCGAUUUAGGCUCUUGUCGUGUGCAUCAGCUGCUGAGCAGCUUGUCUCUCAUAUAGCGGAAUUAGAGAAUGCGAAAGAAGUUGGUUAUCACGAGCAACCGGAGACGACAGAGUCCUUGGACUUGAAUGACUUGUAUGAGGAGAGAAACGCGUUUUUUCGCUCUCUAGAUAAACCGAAAGAUCAACCUCCCGUUGAUUUGUUUGAAGACUGUCAGGAUAGAGAGGAGGACGAGGACAGUGUUGUUGUCUGCUCGAAUGGUCCGGUGUCUGGCCUUCCGACAAGUAGGAGGAGAGACAUGUCGCUUGAUUUGUGUCUGCAAGCUGUGUUGCCGUCUGGUACACGAGGUGUGGAUAAUGUGGGAAAUCAAAAGAUGGGCAUGUUGAAGGGAGGCUCGGGCGUGAGUUCAAUUAAUGAGCUGAUGCUCUUAGAUGAGAACAGACCGGGGAACAUUAGCAGUAGAUCACAGAACUCCUUGCUUUCUGAUGGAGUCAGUCCAAUAGAACAACAACCACUGAUGAGUUGACUGAUGCCAACCGGAUUAGCUGAUUGCCUGUAAUUGGAACGUGUAUGUAGUGUUUAUCUGUGAGACUGGUUUGAAGAGUUAGAUGAACUGCCGUAGCGAUGCAGAACUAUUAGUUGUUAAAUGUAGGUUGUUGUUUCCGUUUGAAGGGAACGAACUCGAGUGAAUUGUAAUACCCAAAAGGCCACUGUGUUGUCUGACGUUUGUUGUCUAUUUUUAUAUUAAUGAAAUAAUUAAUUAUAGAAUGAUGAUGGAUUUAC